AUGUGUAUCUACUGGAAGAAGAAACACACGUGCGGCCACAUCAGCGACCGCCCCUACAUCGAGAUGUGCCGCCCCGGCUGUCUAAGCAACACCAUCUGCACCGACAUCAGCACCAACGAGACGCUGCGCAACAGCUACUUCCCCUGCUAUCCGUGCAUCAAAGCCGAAGCCCGCGCCGAAGCUGAAGCCCGCUACCACGCCCAGCACGACGCCGUCGUCGCCGCCAACCAAGCCCGCACUAGUGCUCUCCGCGAGAAGCACGCCGCCGAGCAGCGCGCCAAGGAAGAGCGUAUCCGCCGCGAGGCCCGCGAGAAGGCUGCCCGCGAGCGCGAGGAGGAGAACCGCGUCAAGAUGCUCAGGGAAAAGGAGGAGGAGCGCGCGAAGAAGGAGGGCGGCAUGUGGAUUGAGACAGGCAGUGGGAAGAAGGCAAAGGGCAAGAAGGGUAAUGGCGCGCUGGGUUUCCCUGUUCUGCCAAACUCGACCCCGUCGGUGAUCAAGACGUUUGCGGAGGUGGGGAGGAAGGAGAAUGAGGGCGGGAAGACGAUGAGUCUGAUGAAGGAGAAGGGUGUGGAUGCCGGUGGUAGGGCGGGCACCUGGGGUCCUAAGAAGAUUCUCAGUCGCAAGGAGAACGCGACGGUGAAGAAGUGA